AAAAUAACUCAAUCUGUCCAUAAUAAACUCUCUUUCCAGAUUAAGAUUAUAAAUAUAUAAAAAAAGCAAUUAUGUUUGUCCAUUUAACCAGAAUGCUAACUGGUUAUUUCUUUGGUUAAUUGAGAAUUCGAUUAACCAUAAGAAAAUAAAGAAAAAGGCGAGAAAAGGCCCAUGCUAUGAUGAUGGGUGACUCAAGAAUUUCUUCAUUUUUACUAUCAAUAUUGUUAUUUUGCUUAGCAUUGAUUGACAAUAUUGGAGUUGAAGCUUCUCAUCAUGUCUACAUUCACUUACAAAAUUAUACACCUAGAAAAAUCAAUAAAUUACUCCGAACCACCUACCAUUUCCAACCCAAAAAACAUUGGAUGAAUGAUCCAAACGGACCAAUGUAUUACAAAGGAUUGUACCAUCUAUUCUAUCAAUACAAUCCAAAAGGUUCAGUUUGGGGAAACAUAGUUUGGGGUCAUUCGGUUUCAACGGAUCUGAUAAAUUGGCAGCCGCUUGACCCGGCUAUACACCCUUCUAAGAAGUUCGAUAAAUUCGGUUGUUGGUCAGGGUCAGCCACCAUCCUUCCCGGAGACAAACCUAUCAUGAUCUACACCGGCAUCACAGACGAAGAAAACACGCAAGUCCAAGCCUUCGCUGAGCCCGAUGAUUACGAGGACCCGUAUCUUGAAAAAUGGGUCAGACCAUCAUCAGGUAACCCGAUAAUUGAACCCGACGAGAAAGACAUGAACAAAACAGCUUUCCGCGACCCAUCAACCGCCUGGUUAGGCCCGGACGGGGAAUGGCGGUUGGUGGUCGGAGGGAGAAUGGAGGAAAAGGGUAUUGCGCAUUUGUACAAGAGCAAGGAUUUCAAGAAAUGGACCAAGGCUGAAGACCCUUUACAUUCUAAGGAAGGGACCGGAAUGUGGGAGUGCCCGGAUUUCUAUCCGGUCAACCUGACCGGACAGAACGGAAUGGACACGUCGUCUAACGGGAAUGGCGUGAUACAUGUUCUUAAAGUUAGCCUUGACGAGAAGAGAUACGAGUAUUACACCAUCGGGAUGUACAACACCGACAAGGACAAGUUUACACCUGAUAAAACAAAAUCCAUCGAUGGACCUGGCGGUUUGAGAUACGAUUACGGAAAUUUCUAUGCUUCGAAGACGUUUUACGACCCUUCGAGAAAUCGUAGGGUCUUGUGGGGUUGGGUUAACGAAUCGGAUUCGAGUGAUGAUGAUGUCGGCAAGGGUUGGGCCGGGAUUAUGGCGUUUCCCCGUAAGGUAUGGCUCGAUGGGGGCGGGAAACAAUUAAUUCAAUGGCCGGUCGACGAAAUUAAAAUGUUGAGAGGAAAUAACGCCACCAUGAACGAAACUAAGAUAGGCAAAGGAAUGCAUGUUAGAUCUCGAGGAACAACAGCUAAUCAGGCUGAUGUAGAGGUGACGUUCUCAUUCCCAAGUCUAGACAAGGCAGAAAAAUUCGAUCCGAGCUGGAACUCGAUGGAGGCCCAUGAACUAUGUGAGUUGAAAGGAUCAUCGGUUGAAGGCGGAGUUGGGCCGUUUGGAUUAUUAACACUUACUUCGCCGAAAUUUGAAGAGUACACUCCGGUGUUCUAUAGAAUCUUUAAAACAGUUGAUAAUAGUUAUAAGACUCUCAUGUGUACCGAAACUGGAAGAUCUUCGUUGAAGAACAAGGCCGGUUACAAACCAACCUAUGGUGGCUUCGUCAAUAUUGACUUGUCCACUAAGGAGAUUUCCCUUAGGACAUUGAUUGAUCAUUCGGUUAUAGAGAGCUUUGCAGCAGGAGGAAAAACAUGCAUAACUGCUAGGGUUUAUCCAAGUAUUGCUUUGCAUAAAGACUCCAAUUUAUAUGUGUUCAACAAUGGAACAGAGAUUGUUACAAUUAAGUCAUUUACAGCAUGGAACAUGAACAGACCUUAUCAGAUGAAUAACUAAAAACUCUGUCGAUUGCUGGAUCAAUGUGCAUUUUUUUAAAAAAUUUGUACUCUUUUUUUAUAAUUAAUAUUAUUAUUAUUAUCAUAUAUAUAUUUGUUGUUUCAAUCACAGAAAAGAAGAGGCCAUGUUCUUGAACAUAGAUGAUGGUGUAAUAAAGGCUUUUGAAUGUAAUUAUAUGUAUUUAUAUGUAUAAUCCAUUGUUUGCUGAGAUCUUCCUUAUAACAUGUUUGUUUGUUUUUUUCCAAUAUUGAAAUGAACAUUACUUUUAUCUUUGGUU